AUGACCGCUCCAGGCUUCACGAUCUGGAGCUCUGCUUCAGUAGUUGGGGCGGAAGUACUAAAAAUCAGAAUCUGCGUUUGCUCCUUGAGCAAGAAUCACCAGCCACGAGUCCUCUACACCAGUUUUGCAAAAUGCGGGCCACAAGACACCUGCAGCCCAAUGUGCGAGAGUAGCAGAAACAUGCUGAUUUCGUGGAGCCCCACCCUAGAACCCGAAUACCUAGGGGUGUGGUUCCGGAGUCUGCAUUUCCCCGCAGCUCUCCAGGUGGCUCCCGCCUUUGGCGCUCAGAACUUUGAGACGAGUGGAGCCCCGCCCCGCCGGGGCGGGGCGCGGCCCAGCGCCGCGCUCUCCGCCUGCGCUAACCCAGACCGAAAGCACGCAACCCGGCGGCCUCGAACGGCCAAAUCUCGUGUACGCUCCCGCACCGCGGGAACUAGGCGCCGGCUUCUGGCCCGCUCCUUGGCGCAGCGGUCUGCGCGCAUGCGUGCGCGCGCGCCGCGCCUUUCCUCACGCCGCGCCUUCCGCUGCCCUGGUUACCGUUAG